GUACAAGAGUCUGGUAAAAUGCUCGACUUGGAACCAGCGGCUGAGUCCUCCUCGCCAGAAUCAUCAGCUGAUGGUCAUGGAGUGCGAAGGGUGGGUAUCAACGCAGAACCCAGCUCAACGGCCAGAAGCGAGUUGGAUAUACUCCUGAGCUCACAGAUAGAGGAAGAGCGUCGACGG